AUGGCGGCCGACGCCCCCACAAAUAAUGCGACCACCCCAGCAGACUCCAACGAGCAUGCAGAUGCCCCCGCGCCCGUCGUGCUCGACGACGUCGUCGCGGCGCUCCGGACGCUGCCCGAGGGCGAGCGCAAGUUUGGCGCCGCGGCGCUGGUGCGCUUUGGCGACCUGAUGAAGAAGGUGCAGGUCGCCCUGCUGACGCGCAACCCCGAGACGGAGGAGAUUGUCGAUCAGGACAGGAUCCUGAUCACUUACCUGUCGGCCUACUUUAAUGGCGUGGCGGCGACCCCCCAGAUCAUCCAUGGGGAUAUGAUGGAGCGAGCCCUGGUGGCCAGCGGCAUGGUGAUGCCGUUUGCGGGGCCGUCCCAAUCCGGCGGCGCUGCGCGCUUCGGCGUUCCUACCAAGGUGACGCCCGAGGUGGUGUGCGACUCCAUUUCCGAGCUCGCGCGCAUGGCAGCGGCGGCGCUGCUGGCGCUGUUUGUGUACCUGAACUUCCGGCGCCAGGGGGCGGACCUGCCGUCUGACGAGGCGGUUCUCGUGUUCUCCACUAUAGCCAUCAACUCAACUGCCAACGCGGCAAACGCUGAGGCGAUAGACAAGCAGAUAGACGAGCUUGGGGUGGACGGCGCAGUGCACUGCGCACAGAUCCGCUGGCUGAUGCACUUUGUGCGGCAGCUGGUGAUGGGCCAGAUGGGGGCCGUCAGCCACGUGAUGGACGACAAGAACCGCCACGCAGAGUGCCUGGUUGCCGCGCAGCACGACCACAGGCUGAUGGUCAAGGCUCUGCCAGACAUGGCCAGCGGUUACAGCCUGUGGGCCCGCAGUGCGAUGGGCUUCCAAAGCAUGGGCGUCGCCUCAGCAGUUCUGGCCAAGGGUCUUGAGGUGGCGGUCGCAGCCGGCGACGACAGCUGGGAGGCCGCCAUGAGCUUCCAAAUGGGGGUCGCCAAGGUCCUGGGAGGCAGCACCAGCAGCAGCAGCAGCGGCGGCGGCGGCGAUCGGGAAGGCGCCGGCCCGGCGGCCGACGCGGGCGCGGAGGCACCGGCAGCCGCAGAGGUGUUUGACUGCUCAGAGGUCCUUGAACUGCAGCGGCGCGGCGAGGCGGCGGCGGCGUCGGUUGCGUCGUGGUGGCCGGCUGCAUGGCCGGACGCGAUGCCGCGCGGCGAGCCCGACCGCACCGUUCUCGCCGAGAAGCUCAUACCCAUGGCCGAGGAGAAGUCCGGCGUGAAGUUUGCAGAGGGCGAGAAGAUCCCGGUGCUGCAGGGGGUGCUGUACGUGACGCGGGCGCCGACGAGCGUGCCGCCGGGGGCGCUGGACCAGCUCGGGGUGGGGGGCCAGAUCGCGGAAGGCGAGGAGGCGGGGCCUGGGCAGGUGAUCAACGUGUGA